AACGCUAGCAACUGUACAGGACCCCUCCUGCUCUCGCUGUUCAUAUGUAAUUGGCCUCGAACACAAAACCAAACUGCGGCCGUCCAUCCUCAACAUCCACCUUGCCGACACCUCGUUCCACGUAUUGUUUCACUCGUCAAAACCACCAGCAUGGCUCACAACACCAACUUCCCCAAUGGCGGUCCAAAUAAUACGGCAUCGUCGUCGGCAGACGGGCCCAGAAAGGUUCCCAUUUCGAUGUUGCUCAGCAAUGAGGAGCAAACCGCAAUGGGUAUUCUCCCUGCCUCACAUUGGCAACAGCAAUUCACAGACGACGAAACCGACGAAGAUGUUGUCCCCAGGGCCAGGACCGCAUCGCUCACCGAGUCCAUUUUUCAGUAUCGCCAUAUCCAUGGAAGAACCUACCACAGCGAUCUCGGCAAUGCAGAAUCAUGGGAACCCAAUGAUGAGCGUCAUAUUGAGGCAAUGGAGAUUGCCCACCACGCUUAUAUGCUCACCAUGGGCCACAGGUUGUAUCGCGCUCCACUCGACAAGAACAAGGUCCGAAAGGUGUUGGACAUUGGCACAGGAAGUGGUCUGUGGGCAAUUGACUUUGCCGACGAAUUCCCCGAAGCCGACGUCGUCGGUACCGAUGUCACCCCUAUUCAACCUUCCUGGGUGCCCGCCAACGUCAGGUUUGAGCUUGAUGAUUGCAACCAAGAAUGGACCUGGCCACCCAACACGUUUGACUUCAUCCAUGCGCGCAUGCUAGUUGGCGUUAUCGAAGACUGGUAUGUGUUCCAUCGCCAGGCCUUCCGGACUUGUAAACCGGGUGGCUACGUCGAAACGUUGAUCGCUUGCACCACUUUUCAAUGCGACGACGGUACGUUAAAAGAGGAUAGCGCCAUGUCACAAUGGGGCAAGGUUUUCAAUGAAGGUGGAAGAAGAUUCGGCCGAACGUUUGAGGUUUACGAGAACGACCUCCAACGCAAGGCUAUGGCAGCUGCUGGCUUUGUGGACAUCGAGUAUAGAGACUACUAUUUGCCCGUAGGUGUCUGGCACCCUGAGAAGGAAGCAGCGGAAAUCGGUCUAUGGUGGAAGUUGGCCAUUGAGGCGGACAUUGAAGGAUACCUCAACUAUAUCUUCAAUAUCGUGGUAGGAUGGAGUCCGGAGGAGACCAAGUCGUAUGCCGACCGAUGCAAGAAAGAAUGGAACAAUCCAAAUAUUCACGGCUAUGCCAUUGCACGCAGUGCAUGGGGAAGGAAGCCAGAGUAUGUCCCAGGGAACAAUGAGAGGGCUAGAUGAUUUCGGACUGUCCUGUGGCUCUGAAACUUGAACGACAUUGAUACCCCCCUUGUCAACACUCUGCCAGGCCCGCCAGCCGACUGCAGACUACCUGGCUCAGCCUUGUGCUCUGUGUCAGCAAUCUCGAGAAUUUUUGAUCAAGACCCGCCUUCUGUCUCUUUUCCCAAAUAACAACCUUUCACGAUUCAAACUUGUGCACUCGAGCCGCUGGCAACACCAAAUCAACCUGAAUCAAUCACACCGGUCAAACAAACAUCAAGACUACUCCUACUGAUCGCAAUGGACUUUGCUACCGAAGAAAUAACUGUCGAGUUCAGUGGCGCUCUCUUAACUGCCAUCGAAAUUCCCAUCUGGGGUUCAUAACAACGACCGACCUCAAACCAUGGCAUCACGUCGUGUCGUACAGCUUCACCCCCAAGCCCUUCAAAUAUCCGAGUUUCACA